UUCCUACUCCUUGGCCCCGGGAUGUAUAAUAGCCUAUUACAGUCUGUUCCCCAUAAUUUCCCUCCCAAGUGUGGAAACAAUAAGAAAUUACUGUUUAUGACUGCCAGGGAGACAGCUCUGUUCAGUGUGCUUUUCUGUUCUGCACCCAGCUGCCUAGCAUCCCCAUUCAAAAAUGAUUUCUUCUUCCUUCUUCCUUGUGGUUCUACUUUUCAUUAUAUGUACAUGUACGUACAUACCUGCUCUUCGAAGAGUCUUAGACUCCUGAGGAUGGAAGAUAAACUUGAAAUGGCUUUAACACUGGGGAGGGGAGUUUGCUGACUCCUAAGAGAGUCUCAGGAUGACUGGUGUUGCUGUGCUGCUGACCCUGGGAAUGGUUGCAGCUGGGAAAUUUAUUAUCCUAAAGAUUGCCCACAUCCAGUCUUUCCCCUUAGCAUAAUGGUUUUCCUCUUAGACUAUGCUUCCCAACAGUGAGGGACCCUUUUAUAGGACAACCUGGUUCAAAUUCCUAUCACCCACCGACCAGAAUAUGAGUUUGCUUCUAACCGAUUGGAUCGAGGUUCUCCAUGAGGUCUGGUUAGCUCAGCAUAAGGGAGCAUCUGUGUUUUAGCGAGUACUUGAGGUGAGACCUGGUGAUGCCGCAGCUAAUACACGCCUAGCGGAGAACUGCUGAGGGGAGAGGGGACAUUUAAGGAGAGAGUGGCUAUGUGGGGUUCUAUGAUAAAAAUUAUUAAUGUGUCACAGCACCAUUGUUCUUGUCAACUUGAAAAAAAGCCAGGCACACUUAGGAAGCAGGUAUCACAUGCAAGGAAUUGCCUUCUUCAGAUCAGCCCGUGUGUGUGUGUCUGUGAAGGGUAUAUGUGUGUGUGUGUGUGUGCGUGUGUGUGUGUGCGUGCGUGUGUGUGUGUAUGUGUGUGUAUGUGUGUGUGUGUGUGCGCACACGUGUGUGGUGUGAGAUAGAAAUGACAAGGGAGCAUCUAAUCUGCUGUAGCUGAUGUCACUGCGAGGCAGGUGGGCCUGGGCUAUGAGGGGGAGCUGAGAGAGUCAUAGAGAAGCAAACCAAUAAGCAGCAUCAUGAUUUCCACUUCACUUCCUGCCUGACUUCCUGCCCUGACUUCCCUCAGUGAUGGAUUAUGACCUGGAAGUAUACUCCAGAUAAGCCCCCCUUCCCCCAUGCUUGUCUCAGUGUCUUGUCACAGCAAUAGAAAAGCAAAGGAAACAGGAAGCUGUGAACAUAUUUUUUUGCACCUACUCUCCCCACCUCCACCCCCAAUGAAAUUCUUUUACUUUAAGAUGAAUUGCUCUCUUUACCCUUCAGACUGCCUAUGUCUGGUCUAUCAACAAACUUGCUGUUUGUACCUUAGGUUUCAUGGAGGACACCUGUCCCAACAGGGCGCUAAUACACGGUUGUUGUCCUUCUCUGAAGAUUAUCCUUCCUGUGACCUGUCUCUGGCCAUGAUCUAUUCUAUCACAUUGUUGUCGCUCUUGGGGAAGGGCCCACUGAAACGGCAUCGCCAUGCGAAGCCUGCACUCUAUGCUGAAGCCAGUCUCUCCUUGUUAGCACAGCCCUGUACUGUGCGUGACGUUUCCUUUAGUUGGGGUUGAUCCUUGCAGCCUUGCUCAUUUCUCUACCCGCGGUAAACAGUCUUAACUCCAGCGGUUUCAUUAUGUAUGACUGAUAUAUCACAGGGAAGGUCUCUGCAGGAGUCUUGUUUUCUGCGCCAGUCCCUGGCCCAUCCAGUGACUGCUUGAAUCUGCAGUGGAGAGAAAAGAGAAGGCAUUUGUUCCCACACCCCUUUAAAGUCUCUCAUUAAACACACCCAAAGCAGCGCAGGCAUCACUCCGAGUCCCCAGCUCCCACAAGCCAUCAGGACCUGUAUUACCUCACAGGAGUAAACACAUAGGGGCUACCUCAAGUCCGAAAAUAGACGUCUUCGUUUGGAUGCUCCCAGGAGUGAACGUUAAAACAAAGGUCUGAGGGAGGGUUAGUGACCCACGGAAGGAUGGUAGAUUGUGGAGGAGCCAGGCAGGGAAGGAUUAAUCAGGAACUAAAGGUGUGUAUAGGGCAGGUUAGUAUUCAGAGCAGCUGGGGAGCCACACUUCUGGGGACCCAGUGGGGGAUGAUACAGACAAGUCCUCAUGUUUAAAGCUGGAACCCAAAGACUUGUCCUCCAGAAUUUGCUCUCACCUUGCUCCUGCCACCGAAGAUUCCCUCAGUCAGUGGCUCACGUCUCCUUUUAGUCUUUUCAUAUUUACCGUAGUUUUCCCAAUAAUGCAUCAUUUAUUUUGUUAUGAACAUAAAAACCAUUUAAAUAGGUGCACUGAGAAAAACUUUGCUCCGCCAUUCCUCAGUCACCAGCAAAGUCCUCCUUCAAUUUAUAUAGGCACAUUUUCUUCUAGAUGUUUCAGAUCUUGCGAAAUAAACUAAGACGUGUCUGUAUGUGCGUGCAUGGCACGUGUGCGCACACACACCCACACACACACUUCUUUGUGACUCAAAACACAAAAGGUGAGAUGGCAGACAUGUGUCCUUCUAGGUCUCCUCUCCUUUCCACCGAACAGUGUGUCUUGAUAUUCUCAAAAGUCUCUCUUGUUCUUUUCCAGCAUGAUUUUGUGUGAGGCCCAGCAUGGUUGGUCAUUCUCCAAAGGAUGGGCAUUUAGUUUGUGUCUAUAUACUGCUGUUACAGUAUAUACAAAAAAGAAAGAAAGGAAGGAAGGAAGGAAGGAAGGAAGGAAGGAAGGAAGGAAGAAAGAAAGAAAGAAAGAAAGGAAAAGAAAUAGCAGUGAGUCUAAGCUCUAAAUCUCCAGAGACAAAUCUUCAAGGCAAACUCUAAGAAAUGGUGUCACUUAGUCAAAGGUUUUCAGUUUUCAGGAAGGACAGAUUCUGUAAUUCUGCACAGAGUUCUGUAAUUCUGCACGCCAAUCCAUACAUGAAGACUUUGUCAACCCUGCAAACAGAAAACGCUGUGAAACAAAAACAUUUUGUUCCUGUCUAAUUGUGUGUUUUUAAAAUACUGUCUUCUCUUAUUUUUAAGAACUCCCAUUUUUUAUCUUUAUUUAAGGGCUGGGUGUUUGUACAUUUUUUCUAAACCCCACAUUUUGUCAAUUGUUUCUAUUAGGGUUUUGAGUCUUAGAUGGAUAAAUAUCUGUGUUUAAGAGAUCAACAUUUAGCCUUAUACGUUAUUGCUUUGUUUUUAUUUAGCACACAGGUAUCUUUCCCUUCUCCUUAGUUUUACAGUAUUGAAUUUAUGAAUCUUAUGUUGGAUCUGGACUGUAAGUCAGAUAGGCAAGGGUCUUAGCAUCUCCUUUGAAAUUUUAUGAUUUCGUUUAAAAUAUGAACUCUUCUCCUCUCUUGGAGUUUAUUUCAGUGUAUGAUAUGAGGCAUGGAUCCACAGUGGUAUUUCCCAAAUGGCUGCUCAUCCAUUUCAGCCUCAGUUUUUAAGACUUACUUUUCCCUCUAGGGAAAUCGUUGACAGUGGUUUUUGUUUGUUUGUCUUUGUCAUGUAGCAGGUCUCCGCAGCUUUGGACCUUGCAGUCUAGUAGGUGUCCGUCCAUCAGCGUAUUCCUCUGUUCAGCGAUCGCACUGUCUUUCUAGCAUGUGGAGUCAGAGAUCCCAGGCUCAGUCUGUUCACCAGCUCCGUAAGACAUUUUCUUCACCAGCUCCCAGCUCUCAGGCAACUGGUUUUCUCCCCCGAUCUUCACAACAAAUACUUUACCCACUCUGCCUUAUGCAGUUGUCUGCUGAGUUUCUGAUUAGUGUGUAAUGGGGAGCAGUGUCAUGCUAAUCAGCCAUCUGUUUAUUGAACAGGAUAAAGAGGUAGGUUAAUUGUUGUGGUGGCCCACCCUGUAGCUGUCUUCUCAGUCACUCAGCAUCUCUGUGUCUGUGACUUGCUCCCCACGCCGCCUUCAUUUUCAAUCGUGAAUGCUGUCCUGCUUCCUCAGUUUACCGAAUUGUGCUUAUUGGGGGACUUGGGGUGGUGGUGGUGGCGGUUAGGCUUAUUUCUAAACUUUCUGGUUGGAAAACUAUGACCAUAUCUUUUUAAUGUUUUUAGCUAUUUGUAAAUUAAUUUAAUAUCUAUAGGCUUUAUAUGUGUAUAUAAAUGAUGCACAAUCUUUGUUCAAAACACCAGGGCAGUUCCCAUUUGACUGGUGAGUUUCUUUCCUAAUGUACUAUAGAUUUGACAUGCGUCUUAGUCAGGGUUUCUGUUCCUGCACAAACAUCAUGUCCAAGAAGCAAGCUGGGGAGGAAAGGGUUUAUUCAGCUUACAUUUCCACAUUGCUGUUCAUCACCAAAGGAAGUCAGGACUGGAACUCAAGCAGGUCAGGAAGCAGGAGCUGAUGCAGAAGCCAUGGAGGGAUGCUGCUUACUGGCUUGCUUCCCCUCGCUUGUUCAGCUUGCUUUCCUAUAGAUCCCAAGACCACCAGCCCAGGGAGGGCACCAUCCACAGUGGUCCGGUCCUUCCCCCUUGAUCACUAAUUGAGAAAAUGCCUCACAGCUGGGUCUCAUGAAGGCAUUUCCUCAACUGAGGCUCCCUUUUCUGUGAUAACUCCAGCUUGUGUCAAGUUGACACACAAAACCAGCCAGUACAACAUGGUUACUCACAAGGCUGAGGUGUGACAUAGAUAGGCACACUGGCAGCUUGAAGAAGUGUGUCUUUACAACGGGGCAAGUCCUUCUAAAACAUCAUAUAGAAACUCAAAAGUAUAGCACUGUGAAAUGUACAACCAAUCAACUAAUAAAAAAAGAAUCCCCAAUGUCCUUAAGCGACUACAAGUUUAUCAGGAAAACAUUAUGUGAUGUUCAGAAUAUCGUGAGGUGAAGGUAAAUAAGCCCAUAUUUUAGAGGUGUGUCUAACUCAGGUAAUUAUGUAUGAAAACGAAUUAAAGGCACUCAGAGGCAUAAAGUCCUUCGCUAACUAGGAAAAUGGAGUGUGAAGAAUGGCUUCUUCCCUGAGGGUUUUGGGGAAUGUUGCAUUUUAUGAAGAUUAUUUGUUACCUGUUUUAUAUGGUUUUGUAGAUGAUAAAGUCUUUGGGAACAGUACUCAAGGUUUAUCCCUCAACUUCUUUUAUUUCUGUGUAUUAAAACACCGAAUGCUCACGGGGUGCCAUUUCUCUCUGUAUUUACUGUACUCACUCUCUCGUCUUCCAAGAGACCCUGAGGAGAAGAAGGUCAUCCCUGAGGUUGGUUUUGAACCUAAGGUAGUCUGCCUGUCCUAACCGCCUUGUCACUGAAACUGCCACAGUGUCAAACAGUUCCCUGCCAGGCUCUUGGGCAAACAAAUGACCUCGUAUUUCUUCUUGUGGAUAAGAGCUUGGGGAACAGGCAAUAUGGUUUAUGAUUUUUGUGGGAAAGACGGGUUUUAUUGCACACAAAAUGAGAUUUCAGUGAAAUUAUGAAGUUAAUUGUCUUAGCAGCUUUGCUCAGCUCAGCUCAGCUCAGGAGCCCUUGCAAAGCAGCAGCUCUCUUUCUUCCUGGAUCAUAAUGUAUUUGUUCUGGAGAAAAUGCAGUCCUGUAGUGCAUUGAUCCUCUGCCUCAGCGUGAGAUGGUUCUUCCCCUCCAUCCACUGGAUUGUUACUGGAAUGGUGUACCUCUUGGUGUAGUCAAUUUCGAAAGGAAUGUGAAAGAGAAAACCCUUUAUCUGCCUUCGGUGCCUUGGUUGUUCUUUCUACCACCCACUUUUGCACAUUCUAUCUUAUAAGAAUAGUUAUGUAGGGGGAUAGCUUUCCCAAGUCGCCCUUGUACUUCUUUUGACUGUUGUGCGAUUGUGUUUCUCCCAGCCCUUGUGAUCGCUCUGCCGAGAGCUCAGAAACAAAUGUGCUAAAGGAAGCCCGGCUCUUCAUAUGCUUCCCUUUCUGCUUGAUGAAUGGUGGCUGUGCAAACAUCCUUGGCCCCUUUCUCACCAGCAGCCAGCUACAGAAAACAAACAAACAGUGUCUGUAAAAGCGGUUUUCUGCUCCAUAUUUAGUAUCAGGGAACAUACAGGAUUUAUGUAGUUUCGUAGUGCAAUGGGUCUCUGGAGGUCAGGAAGACUUCUUUAAUGGCCCCUGAUUGAGUGCUCAAGAGAUAAAGGAGAAACCGAGUCAUCAGAGUCACUGAUGGCCUUCUUUCUGGGUUACAACACUUUUCUCUCAAGGAAUACUGCAAGUGCCCAAACCAAGCUCUCUUUUGACUUCAUUUAAUGCUAUUAAACUUUUUCGAUUCUGCUGUACAUCAUCCAUAACGAAUGGUUACAAAUACGGCAGUAAUGGGCAUGGGGACACACAUGGCUCAGUGUAUACUACAGGAAAUCCUUGUUUUUUCUCGUACCCAUGAGGCAUUGCACUCAUUCAUUCAGCUGCCAUUUCAGAGGGUAUUUGGCUGGACACGCAGACAUGCACAGUGAAGGGGGUGUUGAAGACGAGAGUAGGAAUUCGAUGGAUGAGAUUCCAUGAGAAGCAAAUGGCCAGAGAGAUGAACUUAGAGAGAAGGUGCAGUGUGUGCCAGCCAGCCAGGAGUUACCCUGACACAGAAGAUAUUAGAAAGCAGGAGAGAGAUUGAUACGGAGGGCAGGCUGAUGCUGACUAAGACGAACUGCCACUUUUAUGCUUUAUGCGCUCGUAGAGAAGGAACUCAACGUUUGGAGACAAACGCAGUCAAAAUUUCAGGUUAGAAGGUAACUCACGGUAAUUUACAGAGCCGGUUGGAUGAGUUAGGCUCAUUAGACAGUCAGUCAAUAACAUCCUCAUUUCAAUAGUCAUUCUCCCAGGCGCUCAACGGCAGCUCCAGAACAUGGAGUCUCCAGACGGCUUCCUACUACACACAUAAGCAACCUUGUUUCACCUUCUGUGCUGGUGCCCUGACUGGCAAGCCUACUCCAACAUUAAGUGUAAAGGCACAGGAAAUCCCUGGUGACCUGAGAGAGGCACUGAGUGGGAGGACAUGGUCCGUGCUGAGGAAUGGUCCUAAGAACAGCUUGCAAUGGCAGCACUCACUUUAUCCACACAGUGCUUCCCUGUGUUUCGUCACCUACCUCCAUCCAUGUGUCCCCGUGGCCACUUACCACCGUCCUCUAAUCUUAUUCCUAUUUCGUUCCUGAUGCAGCACAGCCUGUCAUCCACCUGGAGAGCCCCAAGCCACAACUUGUCACUCUUAUCACAUGUCGUUCCCAGACCAGGAGUUCUUCCUGGUGACAGUUUUGACCGUCAAGUCUCUCCUUCCUCCCUUGCCUCUCUGCCUAGUCCUGGUCCUAACACAGCGAUUCAGUUUGUUGCCGCCACCCCAGUGUCCCUUUUAAGUAGUCCCAACCCGUUUGCAAUUCUAUCAGUGCACACAAAUCUUCCCUGAGCCUCACAGAAAACUACCAGAUAUAGUUCUACCCAUUUAGGAGGCCCAUAUAUUUAUCACUUACGAUUGACAGUCGAGGGAGCACUAAGCCAAGUUAAUGAGAAGCUGUUGCUUCAGCAAGGAAUGACUUUUAUUGGAAUGUCGAUGGCCAAGCUAAAUCUUCUACAUUGUUAAAAAUUACGUCCUUUGCAUCAGUGAAGUGUUUCGGGUCUGUCCUGUAGGAAUUCUGAGAAGCUUGAAGUACCUGGGGAAUGGCGCGUGUCUACAUGUGCACCAGUAUCGGUUUUCAAGGAGGCUGCUGUGGCAUUGUAGAUGAGUGUGGUGGUCUGAACGAGAAUGGCCCACAUAGGCUCAUGGGUUUGAUGGCUAGGGUCCCCAGUUGGUGGCACUGUUUAGGAAGAAUUAGGAGGUGUCGUCUUCUUGGGAUGGUUGUGGCCUUAUUGAAGGAGGAGGUUGCAAAAGCUUAUGGUCUAAUCUUCUCUCUCUUUCCCCCCAUCCCGUUCUGGUGCCUGUGUGUCUUAGAGUUUACGUUGCUAUGAAGAGACACCAUGACCCAGGCAACUCUUAUAAAGGGGCUGGCUUACAGGUUCAGAGGUUCAGUCCAUUAUCAUCAAGGCAGGAACAUGGCAGCAUCCAGGCAGGCAUGGCGGUGGGGAAGCUGAAAGAGUUCUACAUCUUGAUCCAAGAACAGCCAGGAGACUUGGCUUCCACAUGGGUGAAUCUUGAGCAUAGGACCUCAAAGCCCACCCCACAGUGACACACUUCCUCCAACAAGGCCACAUCUCUUCAUAGUGCCACUUCUUCGUGGGCCAAGCAUUCAAACCACCACACUGUGGAUGAGGAUGUAAAAUCUCCCAGCCACUGCUAAGCACAAUGCCUGCCUGCUUCCCGUUCUGAGGAUCAUGGAGGAACCCUCUGAAGCUGUAGGCCAGCAUCAAACAGAACAUUUCAUUUUAUAAGAGCUGCCUUAGCCACAGUGUCUCAGCACCCCAACGGAACAGUAGCUAAUGGAACAGGGAAGUGUUGCAUGACCCCUCUUACAAAAUAUCCAUUAACAACUUUGUAGUAUCAGUGGGAAAAGACCAGAGCUUGGAGUUGGUUUUUACCACCAAUGGAGAUCAGCCUGAACCUGGGAAAGAUAAUGAAGGGGUUUAGUUUAUCUUUGUCUCCUACAAGGUCUGUGUGAAGGCCUGUUACAUUUUAGAUAUGCACAUUUAAAGUAAGCACAGCCCUAAACUUACGACAAUACAACUCUACUUGUCAGAGUUUCGGGAUUUAUUUUGGUUUGUGAUUUUGAUUUUUAAUUCAAUCAAUGAUCCCAUUGGAUUAAGCACUGCACUAGCAAGUAUCUGCCUUCUUACAGAUGAUUUUCACCGUGUGUGGUCCUCCUACCGUUGAGCUGUGGUAUUGACAGCAGUUUCACAGACUCCACCAUGGCAGUGGAGAAAAGAGACAGCCUCUUGUCUCUUCAUUGUCAUUGUCCCUACCAUCAUUUUCAGUCAAAUACCAUUCUGGUGUCAGGAUUGCAUUGCCUUGAAGUCUCACAGCACUUACCUCGGUUGAUGAUGCUAUGCAGGUUCCCAAAGUGGAGGCAUAGUCCAGAGGCUCCACAGGAUAUACUUGUAGGUUAUUGGCAAGUCGCAGGCUGUAGAGCCAGGAUCUGAAUCUCUGACUUCAAAACCCCUGUUAGCGAGUGCUGCCAUGCAAUCCCACUCUGGACCUGAUGAGAGGUUAUGUAGCCGAUCUGCAGACUCGCCCCCACUCCAUCUCUUGCUGCUCUCUGCUUAUUCAAACAACGGAUGGCUUUAACAUCCUCUCUGACUCAUGGGCAUGUAAAUAGCCUGCUAGUCCCAUGGCCACAUGCCUGGCGGUGUGUGACACACUUCCAGGCAGCUCUGCCCAUCUUUGACAUGGUAGAAUGGCAUCUCAUACGUUCAGACAAUGCCGAUGUUAACUACUGGGGACAAAGCCCAGGCAGAAAUGGCAACCACAUUCUUUUCAUAGAUGGCAAGGAAGGCUCCUUCAACACUUCCCCCUGAUCGUCCGCUUCCACUGUAGUACCCAAAGGAAACUAACAUAUCAAUGGACUUGCAUUUUCUUCAGAGAAUUGAAGUAGACACCAGGAGGACUGUGAGUGACUCUGAGAUUCCCCCAUUGGGAAAAGAAGCUUGCUGCUGUAGGCUAUACCCAGCAUCCCUUGAGCACAUCCUUAUGUGCAUCCAUUCCUACAUCUCAGAGGGUAGUCUAGCUCAGACAUGACACAACCAAGGGACAGCAGCCUCGCAAGAAGGAAGCACAUAUACUUUUAGACAAAGCCCAUUAGCGUAAACUGGAAUUGCCUUAAUAAUGCUAAACUUUAAAUAUUCCUUUCCCUUUCCUUAUCUCAUAAUGUGAAUAUAUCCUGGCUACCUAGUUGAGGUGUCCACUGUCGCAUGAAGUCAUGGAUGGGUGUCUCUCUCUAUCUGAAAGCCAUUCCUCAUAUGACUGAGUAGCAUGCUGGGUGCCGGGUGCUGGGUUCUUAGAACACUUGUGGACUUGCUAGGCUUGGAUCCAACAUGUGCUGUUUCUCUCUUGGGGUUCAGUAUAGUGCUAAAACAGGGACUGAAAUAAAAUCCCAUUUCCAAAGGUUCCUUAGUUUAACUGUCACUCCACAAUGACUUUCAGAUCCUUACCUAUGUGAGUGAAGCCUGAGGUUAAAUGCCAUUGGCAUGAUAUACCCUUAAGGUAGGACAUUUUCAUACCAAGCUGAAAUGACCACUUCUAACCAUGUCAUCUCCUUUCUCUUUAUUGGUCAGGCUUCCUACAUGGCUUUAAAAACCAGAGGGCAAAACAACUCAGAGAUGCAGAUACAGUUUUUCUCUGACAUUUAAUGGUGGAAAGUUUUAGUUGCCAAAAUUUCACACCUACUCAGCUGAAGAUGAUUGCCAGCUUGAAGGCAUAAAAUUGCAAAUCUUAUUUUGGGGAUUGUUUUCAUGUUUAAAAGAGCACAUUGAAUUUCCAAGUAAAAUUCUCAACUUUGACCUGCAAAGACAGUUGCCAGCAGACGGUUAGCUUACUCAGAGAUAAAUGCCUUAAUGACGAAGUGGCAAAAAGAAAGGCUACUUUCUCCCCUGUGCCAGGAAAGUCACUUGGUAGGAAAAUGAAGACAAAUAGGUGAGCGGUUGAUUCUAUUGACUUUAUUACAACAGCUGCAUUUUUAUAAGAAGAGGGGGAUGUCUCCAAAAUAUGUACUCUUGACCCGUGGUGCUGUGGGUUGAUCAUGGCGUGGGACUGCCCUUCCUACAGAGCUGCCACUGCCAUCUCAACUCCAUUCCUAUUCUUUGCAUUUGUAACUCUAGCCUGUUGCUUGAAACAGGGAUUAACAGUGAGCGGAGUGGAGAUAAACCUGUUCUCUACAGCAGUGUUUGGUUCACUUGAAUCAAUGUCACCAGGGCUCCUCUGCUCCUGAAUUCUGACACACCCUGCCAAACUGCUAAUUCAGAACUGCAGGAUGGAGGCACUCAGUUCUUGAAUUCCUUGGGUUUAGCAUCUGGGAACCAUGUUCUUGGCCUAGCAGCUUUUCAUUCUGUGUGUGCAUGUGUGCAAUUGUGCACGUGCUACUGGGGACUUAACUUGCAGCCUUAAACAUACCAGGCAAGUGCUCUGUCAGUGAGUGGUAGCCCCAUCCCCUCCUUAUCCUUUUUAUUUUGAGACUCUACCUCACUAGGUUGCCUAGGCAGGGCAUAACCUCACCCCAUACCUCCGGUAGAUCUUGACCUUGAGCUCCUCCUUUGUUGUCUGGAAUAGCAGCUGGGAUCAUAGGCCUGCACUACCAGGCCCUGCUGCCAACAGUGUUUGUAUUGCUUCCUGUUGGCAUUCAGCUAGUGAACAUUGUGUGUAAUUAUCUACGGACAGUUCCUAUAAAAAAACAAACAUGAAAUAAUCAUCUACGGCCAUGUACGUCUCACAACGGCUCUGCCCAGUAGGUCUGACACUCCUAUUUGACAGUUGGUGAGGCAAGCUACAGAAGAUGACAGCCUGAGGGAGGGCAAAGAUGAUAACAACCGGGGGAGGGCACACGUGCAGUGAGGAUGUGUUUAGGUUUUGAAUCCCAUGGCUCACCUCAUAGGCUACACUGAAUGGCUGUGACGGAAUGACCCUGUUAGUUUAAGAGUGUGACAAUACAAAAAGGCCUGCUGCAGAUCAUAUGAGCAUCUUUACGUGAGGUAGACCUGGCUCCUACAGGAAGACGCAGUCUUUGAGGGCUCCUGCACUUUAGGUAGAUGUCCCCUCCGCUCAUUUUGUGUAUCAGAUGGCUCUGUGCAAGGGAACAGCCUGUGUUACUUCAGCACGUGGCCUACAUGUUUGCCGGACUGGUCUGAAGGCUCAAAGGCAGGCCCUAUAGAGCUGCUUAGUCAGCAGGCCUGGUGGCUAGCUCUCUUACACACUCUGCCAUCUCGCUGGCCCUCCAGCGACAUUUUUAUUAGUAGCCUCGUAGGUCCAUGCAUUUCACAUGCAACGUUCUUAUUUUUGCUCUGCCCACGCUUACCGUUCCGGUGGUUCAGGCAUACCCUUUCCACACAUUGUGAAGCUCAACCUACCACAGAUCUUUUUUUUUUUCCGGAGCUAAGGACCGAACCCAGGGCCUUGCGCUUGCUAGGCAAGCACUCUACCACUGAGCUAAAUCCCCAACCCCCCUACCACAGAUCUUACUCUGUUUGGUUCAACAUUUGUUAUUUUAUCCAAAAGGGCUCCUGUGGGGAAGCCAACAGCUUUCAGCAUCUCCCUUAAGGAAAAAAGUCACAACCAAAGCUGUCACUUUGUACGCAUAGACUACGGUUGAGUCUUCAAGGUAUUUUGCCUACGGUCUGACAUGUAAAUCAACAGCACUAACUAUUUUGUGUUCAUUGUGUCGUUUACUGUCCUAGGAAUUUUUUUCAUGUUUUUAGCUUAAUGAACUACAUCACCACAGGUAGUCUUUGGAGAAGGGUUUCAAAGGGAAUACAGGGUUUUAAUAUGGCUGCCUCAGAACAGACUUGUGCUUUCCAGAAAAGAAGCAUCCCCAUAGAUAUCAUGGGCACUGCAGCCACAGACACGGCCUGUAGGAUGAGCCAGCCAUACUCCAACUUCCUGGAGGGCUGAGGGGGCGUUCCCUGUGUUGUAGCUUUCUCAGAUGGUCACCCUUGCAUCUCUCUCAGCUUCUGUGUUGGGCAGACUCAAGUGUUUCAAGAGCUUUGUACUCUCCAGGCCGGCACUCAGAGACCCGCGCUAUGAAUCCCGCUGUUAAAGUCACCCCUUUGAUGUCGAGAUUACAGACGUAAUGAAUUCUGCUUGUUCACACACCUGUGCUGAUGAACACUGACUCCACUGGACAGAGCACGAAAUAACGUUUUGGAGAUUUUUCUUUCACACCUCAGCACAACUUUCUCUCAAUCAGAUUAGAAAGUGAGAAGUAGGCCUGGGGAAACCAUAGCAAUCUUACGCAUUGUACACUAACAGUGCAGGGGCCUGGAUCGAAGCCAUUGUACAAGAUGGGGUGGGGGGCGUUCUGAGAAUACGGAGAGAAAGGCGGUUUCUGCUGGGGAGGGCUUUGGAUAGCCACUGAAAUCCUGAAAGCAAGUGCUUCAUCAUGCUCUGAUUCCAGUGUUAACUUAAAGGAAUUCUACGUGCACGGAAGAUGUCAGCUUGGGGACUCUUAUGUUCUUAUAGGAGGAAGGGUUGUGGGCCCCAAAGGAGUUAGGAACUCAGCAGGGAGACCAACACAGUCAAUUUAUCUGGACCUUUGGGGCUCUCAGUGACUGAACCAUCAACCAAAGAACAUACACAGCCUGGACCUAGGCCUCUCCUUCCCCCACAUAUUUGGCUGAUAUGUAACUUGGUCUUCAUGUGGAUCCCAAACGACGAGUGGGCGCUAUCCCAAAAGCUGGCCUGACUUGUCUGGCCUCAGUGGGAGAGGAUGCAUCCAGGCCUCAAAGACUUGAUAUGUCAGAGUGGAAGGAUAACCAGGGGGCCCCCUCACCCAUUCAGAGGAGAAGAGGAGGACUGAGGAGGAAUUGAUGAAGGAUUAUGCCGGAGUGGGGACAGUGAGCAGAGUACAAAGUGAAUAAAGUGGGAAAAAAAAGUAAUUGUUUUUUUUUAUAUCUCACCUAUAAAGUAAACACACCCCGCUUGAUUUUGCACAAUACACCCUUAACAAAGCAAUCCUGUAAUAGUAUUAACAUCGGCAUUUAGGAAUAUUGCCAGUGGUUUGUGCAGUCCUUAAUGUGAUUUACUUUUGAGGAGAUGAGUUUUUUUUUUCUCAUGGAUUUUAAUUAAAGUUUAAUAAAUGCUUUGCUUAGCUGGAUCAGCAAUAUCUUACAAACAUCUCGGGGAUAUGAGAUGGAUUCAGAAGUGUCCGUGGAUAUCAUGAGGUCCAAGAAAAGUAUGAUCUAAGUAUCAAGUGGCGGUGUGGCGGAUAUCUAUGCAUCGGCAGUUCAGGGCUCAGGGCUACCUUUUCCCUUCCUAGUUUGUGCACAUUUAGGCUAAAAGUAACUUCGCACUCAGAAUAGUCAAGUGUUUUGUCACCAUCUGUAAGUUUUGUCUGUGUCAAACAUACAAGCAAAGAGCAGAGUGUUACAGUGACCCAUGCAUUGCCUAUAACAGAAGAUAAGGCGUGUGUAUUAAUAAAAAGGCAAAUCUCAACGUUUGAGCCAUAUAUUUCUUUUUAUUUAUAUGAGCAUACCUCCUGUCGCUGUCUUCAGACACACAAGAAGAGGGCAACUGAUCUCAUUACAGAUGGUUGUGAGCCACCGUGUGGGUGCUGGGAAUUGAACUCAGGACCUCUGGAAGAGCAGUCAGUGCUCUUAACCACGGAGCCAUCUCUCCAGUCUGGCGGCAUUUUAUAUUGGAUUUUUUUAAACCUCUGUACUGAGCUACGCUAUUUAUCUCUUCUGAUUUUUUGCUUCCUUCUACCCGUCUGUGGGAACUGGAGGGAGGAUAGCUUAAGAAAUCUUUUCGCAUUCAUUUUUGCUUCCCUAACAUCACUUUGAACAUUAAAAAUUCUCUCUCGAGCCUGCCAAAUAUUUCUUCCUUUCUCAUUUUAAAUAAUUCCAGAUAUCUUGCCACAUGCACAAAGGCUUCUGAUUUGAUCGGGGACAGGCAUGGCUUUUCUGACUAAAAUCAACAUUAGCACAAACACUCAACUUCUUCCCCUGGUUUCCUAAGAUGUAGGUUCGGUGAAUUCGACUCAUGUGCUUUGUGCUCCGGGUGGAUUCAUUCCUCAAACACUGACAGAAGUGAUGGUCAGAUUGUUAGAGGUUACAGUACAGCCUGGUCCGUGCUUGGAUGGCACUGCCAUGCUUAAAGUGUACUGUGAAAAAAAUAAACAGAAUAUCUGCCUCUGAGUAAACAGGGAGGACAGCAGUGUAGAGGGAAGACACAGUUACUAAAGAAAAAUACCAGUGCAUGGAGAGGCAGGGGAGUGUGGCCAGGGGUGUAUGUCUGGGCUCACUGCAACAGACCCUACAUUCCCCACCACAGAGGCAGGGUUCAAACACGAUCCCAUAUGUAAAGUGCUCAAAGCCACUUUAUACAUGAAGGCAAUAAAAAUAAUGCUGUUGUUCCUGAAACUAUGAUUUAUUUUAACAGCUCAGAAACCAUUGGAGAUUCCUAAGCACAGCAAAUAAUGAAUAUAUGCCACAUACAGACAGAAUAAUAACUGGGCUACCAGUUUGGAAAACAGACCGGGAGGAGAAAGACUGGGAGAGAUUGGUUGAUUGGUAGAGCAAUAAUGCACAAGGUGUAAUUGGUGUCUCAGAACACAGGCGUGAAUAAUUAACCCUGCUGCAGACCAGGUUCCUCGGCAGCAAACAUCCAGAUAUGAUGGCGUCGGAUGUGUUGGUUGGCAUGAGGGUAAAUGAGUCGAUGUUCUCAAAACUCAGUUGGUUCUACACCGGUGAGUGUCGAGCAGGAUUUAAAGAUAUACAUUGAUUGCUUUGUCUUCUGCCCCUGGGUGAGUCCUGGAUGGUGGUACCUGGGCGUGCACAGACUCUGUGUCAUAUCAUCAGCAUAGGCGAUAGAUAGCCAAAGAACUCUUCUUUCUCCUUGGUUAUCAUCAUGAUGCCACUUAAUGAGCACUGUAUGACCAAUAGCAGUAGAUCGGUGAGUCCAGUCCUUUGAGUAAAAGACAGAACAGCAACACAGCCCUCCAGUUAUCCUGGCCUUCGGUGCUGAUGGAGGCUUCUGUAUUUCAUGCUCUAGUGUCUGUUGUACAUCAGAAGCCAAGACCAUUUUAGGGCUUGAGAUGAUUUUGUGGUUGUGUCAAUGAUUCAGGAAACCAUGUUUUCCUGAAGAAGGGAUGAGCUAUACUGUUCCAGACGUACAUCUAAGCUAUGCUGUAGUUUGGGCAAGCCCACCAAGUGCGUGGUGUCUAGUUCAGUGACGUGCCUCUUUGAAAGUGAACUGUGCUCACAUUUUUUCUCAGAAAGAUGUGCUUCGAUCUGGUCUCAUCUUCUUGUUCUUAAGUGAUCGUGAGUUGCUGGUAGAGCAUAAGAUAUCGGUGAAACCUGUCUGAGGACUUGGUGAAGGUCAUUGGAUGUGAAGAUCUUUGUGACGAGCUUCCUUCCGCCUCUGUCAACGUUCACUUGUUCUGAGGCAGCAUUUCAAAUCCUUGGCGUCCAGGGCACUUCUAAUUGGAUAAGACUGUGAGAGGGCCUGGCUCUCUGUUCUUGGUAGGAUGCUGGCAACGGUGUUGGCCUUGAUGUCUCAGUUACCGGUAGGAACCCCCCUCCCCAUUGUGGCAACCAAAAUAUCUUCAGGCAAUGCCCCAUAGUCCCUGGGUAUGAGAAAUGAUUGCAAACUGCACUUCAGCUCAGAAUCACUGUUCUAAACUGUGGCCAAGGAAUGCUAGAAAGAUGGACAUUUCCUGAGUCUUUUAUUCGAGUUAUCAUUUUUUAUUGUUUAUCUCAACAAAUCUAUUUAUUUAUUUGUCUGUCUGUCUGUUUAUUUAUUUAUUAUAACUUUCAGGCAAAAUGUAGUUUGUUCCAAAUUGCUUCAUUGGCUUGUUGAUGUUUAAGGAUCCCAUGUGGAAAGUUUCUGCCAAAUAAAACUUGAUGGAUCUCCUAAUUAAUAUGUGCUCCUAAUUAUGGCUGUGGGCAGCUUUAUUUCUCCAUUCAACUAUACGCGCCUUUGAUAUAUCAAACCACGACCACAAAAUAAGCCACAGCAACAACAAAGCUCGUCCAGCCUUGAUUGACGGUCCGUUAAUUUCCGGCUGUAUUUACGUCAGGCAUGAGAGUGGCAUCCAAUUACUCUUCCCUUGACUGUGAAUGCUUGGAAAAUGGAGCUCACUGUGGGGGCGUGUAGAGCGAGGGAAUCUCCCCACCAUUCUUUCCCACAUUGACCUGAUUCCUAAGUCAAUUUGAACAGCAUAAGGUUCUGCACACCUUUUCAGGCCCGACAAAGAAGUCGCCAUGUCUUUAAUAUUUAUCAAAAGGAAGAGUUGAAUAGGUCAACGUGAGCACAUUAGCUGGGAACCUGUGACGUUUGGUGUCUGCUUCCUCUUCCAGAAGGGUCCCUCUUCCCCACGGUGUUGUGCUGGUCCAUCACUGGGCCUUUCUCCUCGGAGGCAGGGCCCACGUGUGGUACCACUAUGCUUAGAACUAGUGAGGGUAUUUUCUUUACCUCGUUCCUGGUUUGUUAUUUGGAAAUCUCAAAGAAUAGAAGACAUCCCUGUCACACGUUUUUUAGUAAUGUGGAACAGUUUUCAUGUCCCCAUUCUAGGGACAGAAUACUGUAAAGUUUCAAUAGUGACUCAGAUAAUAUUCUAUUGAGACUGUGAAAUAGGGAUAUAUUUAACCUUUGCUUCACUAAAUACUCACAGCUCCACACGACUUCAUAAGCAUUGCAUAAUCAGAAAUAUUUCUUCCACAUAUUUUAGUUUUCUUUCCCAGUACUAGAGAAAAAUCUGGAGUUGUCUUUCCGAAUUAAUCUAUGUAGAAUAUUUGGGUAUUCAAGGGCCCAUAGAAAACUCAUUCUAAAACCUGAGAAAGAGAAGGGAAACUUAGCACAUUUUGUCCAAAGAAAUAAUUAAAAGCUAAGUGAGUGUUGCAUCAGUUCUUAUGAUGUGGGGGAGUGGCUUUAUAAUGCAGGUCAUAUAAGGUAAAGAAUCCCGCUUAAAUGGUUUUACUCUUUAGUAGUUCUUGAAGUACCAACUGUGUGAGCUAAAUAAACGGCAUUUCUUUCCGUGUAGAAGUCUGUUUUCCCCCUUUCUGAGAUGUGAGUUAAGUAUACCUAUAGAACUUUCCGUAAGCAAUUUUUUAAGAGAGCACCGGAGUCCGACAGCUACCAUGACCUAGAAAGUUAAGAAUGUGGGAUCAGAACAAGAAGCCAAAAUGAAGAUUUCAACCAAGAACAUGCACACCAGAUAGAGGACAUUGCUUCUGCACUGUGGUGACAGUGGAUCUGGUCAGUUCUGUCCUUAACACAUCCAACAGCAGCAGGAGCCUUGGUAGCUCUCUGUGAAUGAGCAGAUGAACAGUACAGAGACGUGAGGUCGCUGUGCAUGGGGUAGUGACUGACCUAGAUGGGCAUAUUGGGAAUGUAAGCGGCAUGUUCCUAUCUGCACAUGAAUUCAUCAAUAUGAAUUCAUCAAUAGCCUUACUUUUCAGCUUCUCCAGGCCUCUCCAGCUUCAGGCUGAUCAUUUAGAAAAACAGAAGUAGCUCGUGACUUAAUGUCCCAUGACUGGCAUUGCACUUUGUGUUUGUUUCAUUAAAUCCAUAGUAUUGGCAUCCUGGUGAUCUUUAAACAUAAAAUAAUAAACACACUAAGGAGUUGUAUUGUAUUGUCAUGAGCACACGCUCAUGGUUCAUUUAUAUUCUCAUAACAGUUCUAUAAAAUGGAUUUUUUAAUUUUUCUUCCAUUAACAAGUGAAGGAAGCUGUUUGGAAUGGCUUCUUCAGGCAAAACAAAACAAAACAAAACAAAACAAAACAAAACAAAAACACACAACCCUCCCCAAAUCCAAAAAACCAAAACCCCAAAACAAACAAACAAAAAAAAACAAAUGAACAAAACCAGAAACAAACAAACAAACCAUUCUAAACCGGGGCUUUAUUUCCCAGCUUCUUACGGUUACUUUUUAUAUUUAGCAUUUAAUAACUGGAGUGGAGGUGCUGAGAAACUCAUUUGUGGUGUGGACAGUAAAACAGAAGCCCAGACAGAACUCACGAGCAGUAAAAGGUGGCAAAGUCAAAAGCACAAGACUUCAUCAAGUUAGAGCAGUGGCUCCGUCACGGGUGUGGUCCAGGCAAUGGUGCGCCGUAGCCUUUAGGACUAAGUCAGGAUGUGAAGUAGAAAAACUGAGAUGUAAAGCGUGAAGCCCAUGGGAGGACAUUUCAUUGGCUCCUACAUUGCUUCUCCAUGGGUGGUAAAUGUCUCAUUUGGGGACCUAGGGGUAAAUGGAGUCUGCCCAGAUCUCUUGACCAGGCAGAUGUCAAGUUAUGACUUCUUUAUCCCAACUGAGGGAGGGAGAGGGAGAUCUUAUGGAAGGAGGGCUGUGGAUGGACAGUGGAGGAUGGUGAGCACAAAUGACUCAUGUUGGGGACUGUAUAACUAACUUCUUCACGUCACCUCCAUCUGCCCCAACAAUUCUGUCUGCCCGUGUAAUUCUCUCCAGAUAAGGAAUGUAAGCUUAGUAUUCUAAACAGUCACUCUUAGUCUACAGUUUGGUCCCCUAGACUUCUGCCUCUCCAUGUAAGCUAGGGCACGGUCUGACAGUAAUUAUAAGUACUGAGAUCAUUAAGGAAAAGAAGCAGGAGCGCUGAGAGGAAAACAGGAGCCUCUGAGCAUCCGUUCGCACCUGGCCGCAGCUAUUCUCGGCUCUUUAGUGUUUCCCACAAGCACUUGGGCCCUUGGUGCUCAGAUUGCUUGCAAACAAACUGUGCACUGACCGUGCUAACCCUGCAGCUGCUCAGAAGCCUCGGCAAACCCUCGGUGGAUAAAGCCAUUUUUAGCUUGUCCAGUGCCUUUCGUCGGUGAUGGAGAGCUUUGAGCUCUGGAGUUCAUUCUGCUCUCCAGCAGCUCCCGGUAGACAACAGCCAAUUCCAGCUACAAACUGUGCUGACGUGGGGAAAUCCAUCAGCUUGAGAAUGGAGGAAAAUUGUGACUCCACAGAGAAUCCCCACAGCCAAGGGCGGCAGAAUGCCACCAAGUGUGGGUGGCUGAGGAAGCAAGGAGGCUUUGUCAAGACUUGGCAUACACGCUGGUUUGUGCUCAAGGGGGACCAGCUUCAUUACUUCAAAGACGAAGACGAAACCAAGCCCUUGGGGACUAUUUUCCUGCCUGGAAAUAAAGUCAUUGAGCAUCCGUGCAAUGAAGAAAGUCCAGGAAAGUUCCUUUUCGAAGUGGUUCCAGGAGGGGAACGAGAUCGGAUGACAGCCAAUCAUGAGAGCUAUCUCCUCAUGGCGAGCACCCAGAAUGACAUGGAAGACUGGGUGAAGUCCAUCCGCCGAGUCAUAUGGGGACCUUUUGGAGGAGGUAUUUUUGGACAGAAACUGGAGGACACGGUCCGAUAUGAGAAGAGAUACGGGAACCGGCUGGCGCCCAUGCUGGUGGAGCAGUGCGUGGACUUCAUCCGACAGCGGGGGCUGAAGGAAGAGGGCCUCUUCCGACUGCCCGGCCAGGCAAACCUUGUCAAGGAGCUCCAGGAUGCAUUCGACUGUGGAGAGAAGCCCUCCUUCGACAGCAACACAGACGUCCACACUGUGGCAUCCCUCCUGAAACUGUAUCUCCGAGAACUUCCAGAGCCGGUCGUUCCUUACGCAAAGUACGAAGACUUUUUGUCCUGUGCCACGCUGCUCAGCAAGGAGGAAGAAGCUGGCGUGAAGGAGCUAACGAAACAAGUGAAGAGUUUGCCAGUGGUUAACUACAACCUCCUGAAGUACAUUUGCAGGUUCCUGGAUGAAGUGCAGUCCUAUUCGGGAGUUAACAAGAUGAGCGCACAGAACUUGGCAACUGUCUUCGGUCCUAACAUCCUGCGCCCAAAGGUGGAAGAUCCUUUAACCAUCAUGGAGGGCACUGUGGUGGUCCAGCAGUUAAUGUCAGUGAUGAUCAGCAAACAUGAUCGCCUCUUCCCCAAAGACACAGAGCCACAAAGCAAGCCCCAAGAAGGACCGAACAGCAAUAACAACGAUGGUCAUAAGAAAGUCACCAUGGGUCAGUUACAGAACAAAGAAAACAACAAUACCAAGGAGAGUCCGGUCAGACGGUGCUCUUGGGACAAGCCUGAAUCCCCCCAGAGAAGCAGCAUGGACAACGGAUCCCCCACAGCUCUAUCAGGGAGCAAAACCAACAGCCCACGGAACAGUAUCCACAAGCUGGAUGUCUCCAGGAGCCCGCCUCUCACGGUCAAAAAGAACCCAGCCUUCAAUAAGGGCAGCGGGAUCGUCACCAAUGGGUCCUUCAGCAGCAGCAAUGCAGAAGGUGUGGAGAAAACCCAAACCACUCCUAAUGGGAGUUUACAAGCCAGAAGGACCUCUUCCCUGAAGAGUUCUGGUACCAAAAUGGGUACUCAUAGCGUACAGAAUGGCACCGUGCGCAUGGGUAUUUUGAACACUGACACACUAGGGAAUUCCUUGAAUGGCCGGAGCAUGAGUUGGCUGCCCAAUGGCUACGUGACCCUGAGAGAUAACAAGCAGAAGGAGCCCGCGGGAGAGUCAGGCCAGCACAACAGACUCUCCACCUACGACAACGUCCACCAGCAGUUCUCCUUGAUGAACCUCGACGACAAGCACAGCGUGGACAGUGCCACGUGGUCCACCUCCUCCUGUGAAAUCUCCCUCCCCGAGAACUCCAACUCCUGCCGCUCCUCUACCACUACGUGCCCGGAGCAAGACUUCUACGGCGGGAACUUUGAGGACCCUGUUUUAGACGGCCCGCCUCAGGAUGACCUUUCUCAUCCUGGGGACUAUGAGAACAAAAGCGACCGCAGGAGCGUGGGGGGCCGAAGCAGCCGUGCCACGAGCAGCAGCGACAACAGCGAGACGUUCGUCGGUAACACCAGCAGCAACCACAGUGCACUUCACAGUUUAGUCUCCAGCCUGAAGCAGGAGAUGACCAAACAGAAGAUCGAGUAUGAGUCCAGGAUAAAAAGCUUAGAACAGCGGAACUUGACUUUGGAAACGGAAAUGCUGAACCUCCAUGACGAACUGGAUCAAGAGAGGAAAAAGUUCACCAUGAUAGAAAUCAAGAUGAGAAACGCCGAGCGCGCGAAAGAGGAUGCUGAGAAGAGGAACGACAUGCUCCAGAAGGAAAUGGAGCAGUUCUUCUCCACAUUCGGAGACCUGACGGUGGAACCCAGGAGAAGCGAGAGGGGAAACACAAUCUGGAUCCAGUGAGCCUUUCUCUCUGUCCUGGACCACUCCAGGGAGGACUCUGGGAACUCGGGGACAAACAGUGUUGGGGAACAAUGUGGGAUCAGGUGGCUGGUCUGUGUAGAGCUUCAUCUGGUGAAGGACUGUCAUUUACGGAAAUCACUAUCCAUAUCUGCAGUGUGUACCAAAGUUAUACCAUGCUCCAUAAUGCUACUGUCAAGUGUUACAACUGGAUCUACGUGUAGAGGGUAGUUUCUAAAAUGUCGGUAAGAGGUAGAAGCAUAUAUCUCAAUGAUUAUUUUAUUGCAAGUCCUGUAUUUAAAUGUCGAAUCAAUACAUUGUUGCAAUUUAGCUUGCAUUCAAGCUUCACCCCGUGCACUUAACAUAAGCUAUUUUUGGCAUCGUGUUAUCAUCUGCUUAUUUUAUAGAUCAAUAUUUUUAUUUCCCCUUUUGCUGAGGAAAUGAAGAUAAGAAGAAAUAUAAAUAUAUAAAUAUAUAUAAGAUGAGUUAUUAAAGUCAAAAGAAUACUU